AUGGAAAGCAAUUCUACCAAUAUAAAUCAAGCUUUUAAGCCAGGUGUCUUCAUCGAUGCAAAAGAUACUAUGAAUGCUUGGUGCGUCGCAAGAAUCAUUGAAUUUUACCCUGAAAGAAACGCAAUUCUGAUUCGAUAUGAUGGGUGGAGUGAGAAAUGGGAUGCGACUUAUAUGCCCCUUAAUUUAUAUAUAUAUCCAAACCUAUUUUUUCAAAAAAUAGACCCCAAAAAAUUAUUUGUUUUUUUAAAUAAUAAAUAAAAAAGGAUAGCUUAUCUUCCAGUAGGAUUUCUCCAUUUAGAAAAAACAGCCAAUUGUACACUGGCCAAAAAAAAUUCGCAAUCCGCUCUUGGGAAUAUUCUGAAGAAGAGCUUGAACGUGUAAAUUCAAUUCUUAUCACGCUUAUCCAAUCUGGUCUCAAAGCAAGCGACGCUUUUACAACAACCCAAUUUAUCCGUGGCGAAGUUUUUACUUUAGUUGACUGCUUACUUACAGGCUCCUUUAAAACUAAAGCAGAAAUCCAUGCUUCCUUAGAGUUUUUUACUCAUGUGAUUGAUUAUAUUGUCUUAUGGUUUCAGGGUUAUAAAGAAAUGUUUCCUUUGUAUUACAAUGGCUUAGACAACCCUGAACUAUUUCUGACUGAUAAUGGAGUUGCUGCUGCUAUGGCUUGGCCUGAACUUUUGCUUACAUUAGAAAGACUGCUGGGAUUCGACCCUAGGCUGCCCAGAAUCAAGACUUCUACGUAUACCCCUAAAGAGUUCAAGCCUUCUAAUUUUGUCAAUAAAACCUCCCCCAGCUCUACAAUUGUAUACCUAGUUGACCAUUUUGCGGAAUCCGGCGGUUUUGACUUAAUUCUUGAAAUUUUGUCAGAAAAAGAGUAUUUUUUAUAUAGUGAAAAACAAAAAGCGCCUUUUAGCUUUAUUACAGCUUUGCCUUUAUAUGAAAUAAACCAGUUUCUAUCAAAACAGUUUUCUGAUGAUUGGUGCCCAAAGUUUAAGAGAGUAGUUUUGGAGAGGAUUAGCACGAUUUCUAAUAGGGAGCUUAAAGAUAUUGACAAAGAUGUGAUUAGCGAAAUUUUACAAAAAUUAAGAAAAUUGAGUGGAGAAGUUGAUAGAAGAGGAGAAACCUAUGAGUUUAUAGAAAGAGCUGAGCUAGAGCUCGCCCUAAAACUUUUGAAGUGCCCUUAUAUGGAAAAAAGAUUGAGAGGGCUUAAUGAAAUCAAAGACAUGAUCGAAAAAGUCAACAAUAAAGGAGUCUAUUAUCAAGGCUUUACCAAAGGUACAAGAUGGAUUACUACAGAAUUUAUGAAGGAAUGGCUUUUACAAGAAAAUAUCAUAGAAAUUGUCCUUGACUAUAAUCAUGUAGAAAUGAUUAAAAGAGUGUCAGAAAUUUUUAUUUUUCUCGCUAAAACUGGAGCUCUUACAGAAGACCAGCUGACUCUUCUUUGAAAUUCAGGCCAAGGGCGCCAUGAUUCUUUAGUAAUCGCUACCUUACAAGCAAUUGUUGACAUAACCCCUUUCCUUUCUCCUUCUUUCCACCAAUUUUUAUUUGAAAAAAUGAAGCAAAAACCUAUCCAAGAAUACGACGAAAUGUACUUGAAAAUGCUUAAAGAAUUUACAUUAAAAGCUAUAGAAUUUGGCCCUAGAACCCGCUCAGACAAUGAUGAUUUUGCAAUCCCAAUUUUUUAUUCACUAAUUUUAGAUAGCAGCCCUAUCAAUUUUAUUGAUAUAGCUACAGACAAUUUGGCUGAAAUUUUAAAAAAUAUUCCAUGAAAAGACAAACUGUGACAAAUUUUGCUACAAUUAAUAAAAAAUAUUGAGGAAAAUCACUCGACAUUCCAGUCAUUAAAAUUAGCAAUUUUAAUAUUAGAAAGCUUUUGUGCAUAUAAGGUAUCAUCAAAUAAAGAUGAAAAUCUGAAGCUUCUUGAUGAAAGAGUAGGUGGACUAAUACAAAGAGUUGUUGAAAAUUUAGAGAAAUACUAUGAAAUUGCGAGAGAAAAGGCAAAGGGGCUUCAGAAUCCUUAUAGAGAAGUACUACAAGGAAGAUAUACACAUAACAAAAAUAUUAAGAAAAGAUUUGAAUUUAUUGAAUAUGUGCUGACUCCCCCCUCUCCGUGAGUGAACAAAAAAAUUUUGUUCAAUCACGGAGGGGGGUUAAUUUUUAUUUUUAAAAAAAAAUUAUAUAUAAAUUUUAUAAAAAUUAUUUUUUUUCGAAAUUUAAAAAAAUCCUAAUUCGCAAAAAUUGGAAAGCAAAUAUUAAUUUAAUUUAUAAAAUUUAUGUUUUAAAAAGCAAUUCGUUUAAAAUUAAACAGAAUUGGCUCUAGAUUUCAUUAUACUAAUUAUCAUUAAUAUAUCAAAAAUUUUUUCCAUAAAACAUUUUCGAUUAAAAAAAUUUUUGUUCACUCACGGAGGGUGGGUUUUUGGGCAAACAAUAGGGAUUUUUCUAAUGGUUUUGUUCACUCACGGAGGGGGGGGGAGUAAGCAGUCGGUCUUUUGCAUUUUCAAGGGCACAUUUUUCAAUUGUCUGGGAAAUUUUUGUGAAAAAUCCUUUGUCUGAUAGAGAUAAAGCUGCGUUCUUCAAGUGGCUGCAAAGGAUUAUUAGAAAUAUUUUUACCACAAAAAUGAUUGCUGAAGCUUUUGAAGUAUUUUUUGUAGAUCCUCUAGCUUUCCCAAGAGAAACUAUAAGUAUAGAGGCAUAUCAGUGUUUUUGCCAGUUUUUCUUACUCCCUCCUCCAAGCGAAUAAAAAAUUAAUAUAAAAAUAUUUUAUGAAAGCAAAAUUGUGAUAUAUAAGUGAUAAUUAGUAUAAUGAAAUCUCUAGCUAAUUCAGUUUAAUUGUAAACAGGUUGCAUUUUAAAGCAUAAUUUUACAAAUUAAAUUCAUAUUUGCUUUCCAAUUUUUGCGAAUUAGGAUUUUUUUAAAAAAAAAAUUAACCCCAUGAGCGAACAAAUUUUUUUGUUCGCUUCGGAGGGGAGAGUUAGCACUAAAUCAUAAUGAAAGGAAUAUUGAAAUAAGAGGAAACAGCCUUUUAAGCAGGAAUCAGGCCACUCUGAUAGGUUUUGAUGCAAUUAUGGACAUCCUAUUAAAAUCAAAAGAAGAAGUAUCCUCACAAGCGAUUUACUUCGUAGUCAACUUGAAUUUACGUCUAGGCCGUCUUCUUAAGCCUAGAAAAGAAGAAAUCUGGACAUCUUUUAUAAACCAGUCCUUAUCCUAUAUUGAAAAUUCCCAAUCAGAUUUAACUACAGAAAGGGUCUUAAAGCUGCUAUUAUGCUUUUUAGACGACUCUGGACACCGUGAAGAAUCUCCAUCAGGACCUAUUCAAGUAUUUUACGCCAAAACAAUGCAGGAGAACGAAUACAAAAAAAUCCACGCAUAUUCCAACCAAACAGUCGGCAGUUUGCGCCGUAAAAUUUCUGAGCUUUAUAAAAAGCCAUUAAACACAGUCCUCCUUACACUGAGCGGGAUUCGUUAUGACUCUUAUGAUGACGACAUGCCUAUAUCUAGCAUAAAAACUUCUGUUAUAAGCAUUGAUUUUCUGCAGCCAAAAUCCGACGAAAUUACCCAAGUCCAGCUCCUUUCAAAGCACCAAAAACUGGUCGACGUCCUAUUCCAGCUCUUAUCAGUCCCUGACAAAGCAUUUGCAGGUUUGGCUUGGAAUUUACUUACAGCUCUCCCUAUAAAUGAAAAAAUAAAAAUCCAAAUAAAAGAGCUGGAGCAGACUUUGCCUGAACUUUUAGAUUCAAGCUCCCUUUAUAAGCUUCUUUAUACACUAAUUAUCAUAGAACAGCUAAUUUCAGACGAAGAAUGAAUGCAGAAAUUCCAAAAAGCGGGAGGACUGCCAUACCUUAUUGAUAUUUAUUUAAAUACUGACACUUCUAAUAUAAAAAGUAUAUCUUUGAACUCAAGAUACUGCUCAGUCAUGAUCAGCCUCCUUUCUUUAAUUUUCAAAGAAACCUCAAGUGAGCCAUCCCCUCAGUUAAUUUUAAAAAUUUUCCAGUCACUUAUGAUUAUUGCGUCUGCCUGCAAAAGUUCGGAAGAAGAAGCCUCAAAGGUUGCGGUCCAUGCGACAGAAAUGCUGCUACUUAUAGGAAACUGGAAUGAAAGUCUCUUGGUAAAUACAGUUAAAAAAUGUGAACAAUUGGAAAGUUUGAUUAGGGUUUCUAUAUUAAGCUGCCCAAAUACCUUUUUUGGGGCGUCAAUGAUGACGUUAUUUGACAAACUUGCAAAUUUAAGUGAAGAACUGAGUACUCAUAUAUUGGAUAUCCAUAUAAAACUUAUAAAUACAGCUUAUGAAGAAAAUGCGUCUGAUUUUUAUUGGGCACUGCUGUCACAUUUAUUGAAAAGAAAUAAUGAUAAAGAAAAAAAGACUCCUCUUGUACAAAGAUUAUUGUUAGAACUUCAAGAAAAAAAGCCAGAAAAAUCUUCGAAAGAGCAUGAUCAUGUACUAUGGGGCACACUAAGAGUGAUAAGAUCUGGGAUUAGAAAAUCAAAUAUAAAGAUAACCAAAGAAAUUGUCCAUUUAAUUCUUCAUUCUUGCCUCUUUGAGGUCCCUUCAUCAUCACAAUUAGACCCUCCUCCUAAAUGCAAAAACAGCGACACACGAAAAGAAGCUUUUAGGCUGCUCUAUAAGCUUUGUGUAAUAAGUCGUGACGCUUUAUACCAAGUUGUGGAGUAUUUAAACAAGCUUCAUGAAGACCCUCAUUGGAGAACGUCAAGAUUUGCUGAUUGGAAUUAUUCCCCAGUAGCAUUGGAAAAGUCUGAGACAGGCUUUGUUGGGCUGAAAAAUUUAGGGUGUAUUUGUUAUAUGAAUUCUUCUAUACAGCAGAUGUUUAAUGUGCCGACAUUUAGAGAAGGAAUUUUAAGAGCUAAAGAUUUGAGUGGUCAGAAUUUGGAUGAGAGCCUUUUAUAUCAGCUUCAAUAUAUUUUCUCUGGGCUUAAAAAAUAAUAAAAAUAAGUUUUUCAUAUAAAACAAUAUUUUUAAUUAAAAAAAAAUUUAAGGCUUAAAAAUAGUGAUAAGCAACAUAUAAAUCCUAAAGGUCUUUGUAGAGCUUUUAAGGACUGGGAAGGCCGGCCUGUCAAUGUUUUUGAACAAAUGGACGCUGAAGAGUUUUUCAACACAUUUAUGGACCGUCUCGAAAACCAGCUUAAAGGUGACCCUAAUGAGCAUAUCAUCAAAAACCAUUUUGGAGGCUUCCAAGUCACAGAAAUGUUUGGAAAAGACACCUGUAAUCAUCGCAGUGAGCGUCUCGAGCCCUUUUUAACAUUUCCAGUCCAAGUGAAAAACAAGAAAAAUCUUUAUGAAAGCUUAGACAGCUUUAUAGAAGGCGAACUUUUAGAAGGCGACAAUAUGUAUCAAUGUGACCAUUGUGACAAUAAAGUUCCUGCAUUGCGACGAGUCUGCAUAAAAUAUUUGCCAAACACCUUUAUUAUCAGUCUGCGGCGCUUUGAAUUCGAUUUUGAUACCAUGGCAAGGGUAAAGGUCAAUGACUACUGCGAGUUUCCGAUGGAAAUUGAUAUGGAGCCUUAUACACAAGAUAAUUAAUGUGGUGGUAGCGACAAAAUAUGUCUUUGGCGACGCACCACUUUGGGAGCCAAAGUCACUUUAUAGCCUAAGCCAAGGCUCAGGCUCUUUAAUUUUAAUUCUUACCAUGCCUGAGCUGCCGUAUGGGAGUGGGUAAACCUUGGGAGCCAGCUGGUAGCGACUCAGUCCAAGCAUGAUUUUUGGGUCAUGGUUUCUUUCCCUACCAAUUCAGAAGGGCCGCGGUUCUUUUUUUCCUAGGUGUUACCUCCCCUCAAGGUGGCGGACAGAAGGCAUCGGGCUGACUUUUGCCUUUAUAUAGGCAUCCGAAUGACGUUGAGCAAGAGGAGUCUUUCUAAUCCUUCAAGACUUAGGGGGAUAUCUGUUCAAGCCCUAGGUCCUGGAGUAAAUCGCUGUUGGGUCAGGGCUCAGGCAACUGGGCUACCUCGGGAAGCAAGUUUCGGCGGUCGCAAGCGUGCGGAGGCAUCAAUCUGGAAGACCGUAAGCCAUUUAAUUUUAAGCUUAUACACAAGAAGGGCUUGAGCGUAAAGAACUCCUCAAGCUGAAAGAGCAAGCCAUCAAAGAAGGCAAAGAGUUUACCAAAGAAAUUCCUAAUAAAAAAUACCCAGAAGAAUAUUAUAAAUUUACCUUGAAAGGAAUUGUGAUUCAUAUGGGAACUGCAGAAAGCGGUCAUUAUUAUUCAUUCAUAAAGGACAGGAGCUCUGGGAAGUGGAAUGAGUUUAACGAUACCAUUGUGAGGCCUUUUAACCCAGAAGACAUCCCUAACGAAGCCUUUGGAGGCGAAGAAAAAUGGUCAUUUUCUUCAUCAUACAGUUCAAAUUCUACCACAAAUCGUGAAAAAUACCGAAAUGCCUAUUUACUAUUUUACGAACGUGAAAAAUUCUAUAUUUUUUAUCCAGCCCUUUCCCUUAAUUUAUUUUUAUCUAUCAAUUACCCUAUUUACUUUAAUACAUUAUAUUCAAAGCAAAGCAAUGAAGAUGACACAAUUAUCCCAUUAACCACAAUUACCUCCCAAGGAGAAGUCAAAGAUUUCGAAGAAGUAAAAGAAGAGAACGAAAGGUACUGGCGCUGCAAGUCCAGCUUUAGCACUGAUUAUUUUGAUUUUAUUACAAGGCUGCUUAAGUAUGGAAAAAAUGAAAUUUUGAAAUUCGCUGCCAGCUUCUUUUUGACUAUUAUGAUAAGAAGCAAAGACGUGACGAGGCUGCCAAUUUUUGUGAAUUUAUUGAAAAAUCAGCUGAAAGAAAAUGAAGAAAUCAGUGAGUGGGUGCUGGAGACUGUGACUGUGCCACAGGUUUUGAAAGAACUGCUGCUGGAUUGCCCUGUUGUUGAGAAAAGAAGGGUCAUUGUAGGGGUAAUUCAUGCAGCGCUGAAGACGGUGAAUCCAUAUUUGCAUGAGCAGUUUUUGCAGAGGUUGCUGAAUAAGCUGUCAAUUGCGAAAUCGCCAUAUUCAAGGCAUUUUCCACAGUAUUUUGAAGUUAUUUAUAGAACUGUGCAGAUGAGUCCACAUUUGAUGCCUUCGACGCAGCUGAUAGCAAAGUUAACUGCUUAUGUACAGCGCAUGACUCCUUAUAUUGAUUUCUGAGGAAAAAUAACUUUAAAGAAAAAGUCCUUUUGGCAUUUUAAAAUAUUCUGAGAAGUCAAGUUUAAAACAGACAAAUAGGAAAUAUAAGAUGAUUAAUUUUUGACUUUUAGAUAAUUUUUCAUAAUUUUUUUCUUUUAAAAGCUAUUGUCCUUAAAGAUCUAUAAAGGGGUACCCGCUAUACUUACUCCCCCCCUCCGUGAGUGAACAAAACCAUUAGAAAAAUCCCUAUUUUUUGCCCAAAAACCCACCCUCCAUGAGUGAACAAAAAUUUUUUAAUAGAAAAAAUUUUUAUGGAAAAAGAUUUUGAUAUAUAAGUGAUAAUUAUUAUAAUAAAAAUCUCUCAAGCUAAUUUGUGUUUAAUUUUAAACAAAUUGCGUUUUAAAACAUAAAUUUUAUAAAUUAAAUUAAUUUUUGCUUUCCAAUUUUUAUAGAAGUGAGAUUUUUUUAAAUUUCGAAACAAAAAAAUUUAUAUCAAAUUUUUUUAAAAAAAAAAAUUAACCCCCCUCCGUGAGUGAACAAAAUUUUUUUUGUUCACUUACGGAGGGGGGAGUUAGCGAAAAAAUUGAUUUUCCACUCUAUGAAGAGCGGUAUUUUUUUUAAAUUGAAUUCUUUAUAAUAUUUUUAUAAUUUUUUUUUAUUUCCAAUAAAAUGUAGCAUAACAAUACUAUCCUUUAUCACAAAUUUAUCUUAAAAUGUUAUAUAAAUUUUCCGACAUUUAUUUAGGCUACGACAAACAUGCUACUACUGAUGAAUCUCAUGACAAGUUUUCUUCCCAUGAUGACAAUAACUCUUUAUCCUACGUUCUCGCUAUCCUGAAUUUCGGCUCUCAAUAUCUCUCAUCUGAGCUGGUUUCGACCUUUUGGCAGAAAUCAAUAGUAUCCAAGCUUUCUUCAUCUUGCACUAAUAAAAUUGGUUGUAGAUCAGUAGGUGAAUUUUAUGCCAAAUUCUGCAGCCAAAAUAGAGUACUUUCAGAAAAUUAUGUUGACGUGCUGAUUCAGCAUAUCUCAGACAACGACUAUGAUUUCCAGCGCCCAUUUCUUCGACAGUUAACUUGUCUGUUGAAAAUUCAGGAUGAUUUGACUGACGAUCGUGUUGAUUAUGGCUUAAGGAGCUUAUGCUAUAUUAUGCUAAUUAAUAAUAUAAAUUAAUAACAGAAAGAAUUAGUAAAAUCAACCAAUUAUAAUAUAUUGACUGAAAUGAAAGAAAACAAGCAAUAUUAUAAAACCACUGAGCUAUGCAUUGAAUAUUUCUUCAAAACAGUCUUAAGAAUCCCUGCUGCUAAAGAAUGGGCUUAUAAAAAAGUAAAAGACUUCAAGUGGAUUGAAGCUUGGCUUAAGGAUAACCAGUUCCCGACAGCACCUUCUGGCAUGAAGCCUACAAUGAGUUUGUAUAAGCCAAACAGCACACAGUGGGGAGCUACCUCUGCUUAUAUUUCCAAAAACAAUAUCCCUCUUAAAAAUAUUUAUUAUCUAUUUUUAUUUUGUUUAAAAAUAUUUUUAAUAUAUAUGAGAAAGGAUACAGAAAAGCUUGAAUUUUAUAAAAAAAUUUUGAAAGGAACUGUAGCACCUGCAAUGGACGAUUGGGAUAGUGAUGAAGAUAUGAAAGAUGAAGAUCUGCAGGUUGAUAAGAAAAUUGAUGCUUUAGAAAAUAAUGGGCAACGAUGGUGUAGAGCUACAAUUGUGAAUAAUGUUGGAGAAUUGUUGCAAAUCAGGCUGGAUAAUGCAGAAAAAACUUCUAAGUGGGUAGAAGUUGAUGGAGACUUGAUUGCACCUGAAGGGAGUAAAACUAGUUAUUAA